AGAACUAAGACAGCUAGGCGCGUGCACCUGUCAUUUUAAAUUACAGUUUUUUUUUUUUUUUUAACAGUUAACUACAUGCACUUGAGUCAGACACAUCUCUUUGACUUAUAACUGUCUGAAUCUCCACUCCUCCCACAAAUAAAAAUGGCAGAAACCCAGCUUAACAACACCUUUAAAUCAGCAAAAUAUUAUGAGACAUAUUCAUAUCCAAUUAACCUUAAUAACUAAAACCCAAUAACCAGUAGACAUGCUACUUCAAAGAUCAUGUCUCUCUGGCUCACCUCUGUUCUUUCUCAUUUCUUUGCUUCUGUUAUUGCCAAUUACUGCCUUUGGAUAUGGAUCAUCAGGUCCAAUAGCAGCUGCAUUUGGCCAAAAUGGAUUCUUUUGUGCUAUUGAUGCUGGUGGAAAGCAAGCGAUUAUAUGUUGGAAUAAAAAUGAUAACUCUUCAGUUCCAACGGCAACAGCUUAUUUUAGCUCUCUUCCGCCGAUGGCAUCUCUCUCUGGCGGUGAAGGUUUUCUUUGUGGCAUUACAUCAAACUCUUCUCAAGCAUUUUGUUUUAGCUUGUUAACUCCAGGUACAGAUCUUGUUCCAACAAGUUUCAAAAGCAAUUCUUACUCACAAAUAGCUGUUGGUAAAUAUCAUGCUUGUGCUAUUAAAGGAUCUUACUUUUCUAGUAUAGAAUAUGGAAAUAUAAAUUGUUGGGAAUUUAAUCAAACAUUUAAUUCAUUUCGCAAUUCAAAUGUUGAUAGUCUUAUUCUUAGGAGGAUUGUUUCUGGGGAUGGUUUUAGUUGUGGUGUGACUAAUAAGGAAGGUGGUGUGAUUUGUUGGGGACCCAGAUCAGCUAAUCUGGAAGUUCCAGCUAGUUUUGGUGAUUUUGAGACUUUAGCCUCAAGUAGGAAUUCAGUUUGUGGGAUUAGAAAUGCAUCUAGAGAAGUAGAAUGCUGGGGUGAUGCUAAUGAUUAUGGUGCUCCACUUUCUGGAACUAGAUUUGUGGAUAUAACAGCAGGUGCACAUCAUUUCUGCGGCAUCCGUGAAGACAAUCAUGGGGUUGAAUGUUGGGGGAAUGUUGAUCUUUCGUCAGUUCCAAAAGGUUCUGGUUUCCUGGCAAUUGCUUCAUCAGAUUAUACUACUUGUGGUGUUAGAGAAGUUGACUUAGUUCUUGAUUGCUGGGAUGUUCAUGGAAAGUCCCUUAUGGAUUAUAGCCCUCCUUUGCAGCUAUGUAGUCCUGGAGUUUGUUCACUAGGGUCAUGUCCUACUGGGAAGUUUGCAUUCAAUGCAAGCUUGCUGAAUGAACCGGAAUUGACUAAUUUAUGUGUUAGGAAGGACUUGAAGAUUUGCUUGCCUUGUGGCACAAAUUGUUCCCAAGGCUAUUUCCCAUCCAGUACGUGUAGUGAGAAUGCAGAUAGAAUAUGCACUGCUUGUUCACUUUGUCAAAAUAGUUCUUGCUGGGAUGUUUGUGGACUUCCUUCUUCAUCAGGGUUUAAGCAGCAGGAUCAACAGAUAAAGAAACUAGUGAUUAUCAUAGGCCCUUCUUUGGUGUCAGUUUUAUUGCUGGUUUUAAUUGGUUGGUGUCUUUUUCCCCAGAAAGCUAAAGAUGAAGAAAGCAGAAAACAAAGGUGCAGUUGUUGUCUAGCCAAGCCAGUGGUGGAGGCUGACCCUGAUCCCAAUCCUCAACUGCCUCUCUCCAUAACCACUAUUGGAGAGACUCAAGUGUUCCGGCUUUCAGAACUGAAAGAUGCAACACAUGGGUUCAAGGAAUUCAAUGAGCUUGGAAGAGGAAGCUUCGGUUUUGUUUACAAGGCUGUUCUUCCUGAUGGUAGGCAAAUCGCAGUUAAAAGAGCUAAUGCUGCAACCAUAAUACACACAAACAGUCGAGAAUUCGAAGCAGAACUAGAAAUUUUAUGCAGUAUAAGGCAUAGUAACAUUGUCAACUUAUUGGGUUACUGUGCUGAAAUGGGAGAAAGGUUGCUGGUAUACGAACUAAUGCCUCAUGGCACACUUCACGAUCAUCUCCAUGGGGAGCUCUCUCCUCUUGAUUGGAACUUUAGAUUGAAGAUCUCUUUGCAGGCUGCAAGAGGACUUGAAUACCUACACAAUGAAGUUAAGCCGCCCAUUGUUCAUCGGGAUGUGAAGACUUCAAACAUAUUACUUGAUUCUGAGUGGGGGGCAAGAAUUGCAGAUUUUGGACUUUUAAGCAGCAAUGACAAGGAUGUAAAUGGGGAUAUGGUGAGUGAUGUCUAUAAUUUUGGUGUUGUUCUGCUAGAAAUAUUAAGCGGAAGAAAGGCCUAUGACAGGGACUAUAAUCCUCCUAGCAUUGUUGAGUGGGCAUUGCCACUUUUAAGAAUGGGAAGAGCAGCUGCCAUAAUAGAUCGGAAUGUGGCUCUACCUAGAAAUGUGGAACCCCUACUUAAACUUGCAGAUGUAGCGGAGCUUACUUUGAGGGAAAAUCCAAGCCAGCGUCCCAGCAUGUCUAGUGUGGCAAAUAUGUUGGAUCAGAUUGUGAAGAUUGGGUUGACAUUAUAAAUACACACGAUCAAGAAUUAAAAGCUAUCUGAAGAAUUCAAUGAGCAAGAGUUUGUCCACUGUAAAACAUUUGUUGCAAACAUGUGCAUUUUUUAUUCGUUUAAAUUCCUUAAUUUUACUCUUUUUUCAUAAAGUGAAAGAUAUUGCAACUACUAUAGCAAAGUUUUCUGCAGUAAUUCUAUCACAUUGAUAGUUCUUUGCUGGUUUCUAGUCUCAUAUUGUAAGUAGCAUUUAGAAAGUUAGUUGGCAGGUCUUUAUUUUUCUUUUAAUAUAUCCAGUGAGAGAUCACUUCUUAA